AACAUAGAGUUGAGGAAUUAUGUUGCAUAGUCAAAUAGUUUGGGAAUGAAAUGUGUUAAUAUCAAAUUGUUGAGGGAAUUAAAUGAUCAUUUUCCCAAUAUUCUGAUAUUUGUUUCCUAUUAUUACAACUGAAUAUCCGUAUGACUUUAAAUCCGACAGCCCGGAUAUGUAGGCCUAUUCAGUCACUCACUCAAGCUUAUUAUGGCUCUCUAACUCUGAGUGGGAGAGAGAGAAGCAAAAGUAACAAUGGAGGUAUUCUACUACUUGGUGUUCGGAGUGAUGGCUGCCGUAGUGGUGGCUUUGGAAAUGAGCAAGAGAAACAAGGAUCAAAACACUUCUUCUUCCUUCAAUUCCUUCAAAAACAAUUACAUCCUAGUGUUCUCCAUCAUGAUGGCUGGGGAUUGGCUUCAGGGACCUUAUGUGUAUUAUCUUUACAGCACUUAUGGUUUUGGUAAACGAGAUAUUGGUCAGCUUUUCAUUGCUGGUUUCGGCUCCUCUAUGUUGUUUGGAACCAUUGUUGGCUCUCUUGCUGACAAACAUGGUCGGAAGAGGGCAUGUGUUACGUACUGCAUUGUUUACAUUCUUAGCUGCAUCACCAAGCACUCUCCACAGUACAGAGUUUUAAUGGUCGGUCGUAUCUUGGGUGGUAUUGCUACUUCUCUCUUGAAUUCUGCCUUCGAAUCUUGGCUCAUUGCUGAGCACAACAAGAGGAACUUUGACCAACAGUGGCUGUCACUGACAAUCUCUAACGCUGUUUUCUUUGGGAAUGGUCUGGUGGCUAUUCUCUCUGGGUUGUUUGGUAAUUUACUUGUCGACAUUUUUUUCUUUGGUCCUGUUGCUCCCUUUGACGCCGCUUCUUGCUUUCUUGCAAUUGGAAUGGUCAUCAUAUUGACAACAUGGUCUGAGAAUUUCGGAGAUCCAUCUGACAGCAAAGAUUUGAUGACUCAGUUCAAAGUCGCUGCAAUAGCAAUUGCUUCAGACGAAAAGAUUGCAUUGUUGGGUGCUAUUCAAUCUCUGUUUGAAGCCUCAAUGUACACAUUUGUUUUCCUCUGGACACCGGCUCUUAGCCCAAACAAUGAAGAAAUCCCACACGGCUUCGUCUUUGCAACCUUCAUGUUGGCUUCAAUGUUGGGAAGCUCCCUUGCAGCUCGUCUCAUGGCCCGCUCAUCUCUCAGAGUAGAGAAAUACAUGCAAAUUGUAUUUCUAGUAUCCGCUGCUUCCCUUCUGCUUCCCAUUACAACAAGUGUCUUGGUGACUCCGUCAAAGGUGAAAGAGGAAGGCUUGUCAUUAACUUGCUCCAUCCAGCUACUUGGUUUCUGUGUUUUCGAGGCUUGUAUAGGAAUAUUUUCGGCAUCGAUAAUGAAGAUGAGAUCACAGUAUAUCCCUGAAGAAGCGAGAAGCACCAUAAUGAACUUCUUCCGUGUUCCGCUUAACCUCUUUGUCUGCAUCGUCUUGUACAACGUUGAUGCGUUACCGAUCACAAUCAUGUUUGGUAUGUGCUCAAUCUUCGUCUUCGUAGCUUCUAUAUUACAAUGGCGCCUUAUGGUCAUCUCCGAAAACCCAAAGGGAGAAGAGCUGAGUCCAAUGAAGGAGCCAGACUCAGAAGUUGACCCUCUUACCCUAUGAUUAUGUUCCUUUCAGUAUUUCUUAUUUUAAUUAAUACUAGGAGUUAAUCCGCGCUAUGCACGAUGCUAUUUUGAUGUUCAAAUGUUAACUAUAUAGCUAUUUUCUUGGAUAUUGUAUUCUGAACAACAAUAAAAUUUUGAAUUGUAUGUUUGUGUGAAUACACAUCUCCUUAGAAAAAACCAGAAAACUAUACAUUUUUUAGAUAGAUGUUUGAUAUAUUGUAUAUUUACUUAUUA